CAUUGUACAUCCAAUGGAACCGUUGAGCGAUUCUCAUCCCAAGCAAACAUUUCUCUUGUCGAACUUUCUGAUCAGAAAACAAUUCUUUUGGCUAAAAUAUUUACCUUUACCCAUUCCAUGGUACAAUCGAAUCGUGUUGACCUUUGGCUCGCUUGUUCACCUAAGCUUUCUGAUCAGGAUUUACAUUUACAAUUUCGUACCCCUUGACCCACUCCUAGCUCUUUCCAUCGGCGAUUUCGCAUACGAUUUGGUUCCCAUUCACAAUAUAAUUUGGUUUGUUCAUGCUUUCUGGUGGGCAGGUUCAGUCUUUACUUUUCAUUUGCUGAAUAAAACGAACAAUUCGGUGAAAAUGCAAACUUGGUUUACUUGUCUGUCAAUCUUGGAAGAUGGAAAAGAUGAUUUUUUCGACAAACCAAACGAUAAACUGGUUCACGUAUCAAAGCUCUACUUUUUCAAUGCUAAAUCCACGCUUCUCGCUGGUCCGACAUUUUCCUUUUGCAUGUUCAUUCCACACAUGAUUAACCAUUAUUCGAACGUCCCAUUACUGAUUGUAAUCGUUAUUCAUGCACUGAUCACUACUGUAGCUGCCUUUACAACUGUUGUCUUGUGUGUUACUAUGUGUUACUUGUUUGGCUUUUAUGCUUUCCUUGUUGGUCAAAAGUUGCAUCAAAUCGCCGAAACGUUUAAAACUCAAAUCGAUCAAGUGAUUAAAUCUAAUCGAAAAAUUUUAGCAAACUCUAGCAGAUUCCUUGGCUUGCUGAAAGAAGCACAUUAUGCCAGCUAUUUUUGGUCAAAAUUGAAUUCCUGUGCAUUCAUCAAUACAUUUUUCCCUCAAAUUUUAAUCUUGUAUUCGGUUUGUUUUGUCCCAUUGAACAAGAUUCAUUUCAUUUGUCUUGUUGGACUUGGAACACUAAACUUUGCCUGUGGACUAUCAGUUAAUUUCCUUGGUGGAGCUUAUGCAAGAUUAAAGCUUAACCACUGUCAAAAGCAAUUGCUUCGAGUGAUCAUUUUAAAGGGCGAUAAACUCAAACUAAAUCAUAAGCUAAAACUGCUGACUACUUCUGAAUACUUGUUGAACAGGAAACUGUUUGCCAUGUUUGCCUCUCUAGAAAUGAAUAGCUUCAAUUACUUAAUGGUGUUCAUCGAAAUGGCCGCUCAUUUAAUGCUUGUCAUUGUCAAUGCAAAUCGCAAGUGCUGUUAGAUGUUUAAAGUGAACGGUAAAGAUAUGCAAGAUCGGAAAAAACACGGAUGAUGCACUUCUAAUUGAAAAUUGAUUUACUUACAAAUCCAAAUUCAAAUUAUCUUUUGUUUUGCAGUAAAUCAGGAUAGACUAAAAAAUAUUAACUAAUUCCAAUUCCAAAUACAUUGAUUCAUUGAACAACCCUGUUUCGUUUGUGCUACGUUUUCU